AUGCUAGGAGAGGCAGCGGCUUCUAAGAUCGAUUCUGUUCCACUCUCUGACAACACAAUAAGUCGGCGCAUCUCAGAUAUGGCACAGGAUGUGAAGGAGCAAGUGUUAGACAGCGUCAGACACAGCCCAUUUUUUGCACUUCAGAUCGACGAAUCCACCGAUGUGGCCAGCUGCGCUCAGCUGUUAACAUAUGUGCGGUACGUGAAAAACAUGGACAUUCAAGAAGAGUUUCUAUUUAGUAGUCCUUUGCCCACCCACACAACAGGUGAACACAUUUUCAACAAAUUGAACGAAUUUGUGAGAAAGAACGAUAUAGACUGGGAACGCUGCUGUGGCAUAUUCAGUGAUGGGGCAAAAUCAAUGACGGGCCGCCACAGUGGUCUCAUAUCGAGGGUUAAAGAGGUAGCUCCGAGAGCCGUGUGGACCCACUGCACAAUCCAUAGACAAGCCUUAGCUGCCAAGAAGAUGCCAAAUGAUCUUCGGAGUGUCCUCGACGAAGCUGUGAAAAUUAUCAACCUGAUAAAAGCACGACCUCUAAAUGCUCGACUUUUCCAUAUUUUAUGCGAUGAAUUGGGAGCGCAUUACAAACAGCUGCUUCUGCACACCGAAGUCCGCUGGCUGUCUCGGGGCAGAGUUCUAUCACGACUUUUUGAUUUGCGUGAGGAAGUACUACUUUUUCUGUCAAAUGUUCAGUCCCCACUGGCACAGCACAUGAGUGAUUCGAGCUGGAUCGCAAAGUUGGCUUAUUUGUCGGACAUAUUCGAACGCCUCAACACGCUUAAUACAUCAUUGCAGGGCAGAGACAGCAAUGUGUUUUCGGCAUAUGAGCAAGUGUCCUCGUUCCGGAGAAAGCUGGAUCUAUGGGCCACUCGUGUGGAGAAAGGAUGCUUGGACAUGUUUCCUACGCUGGCUGACUUCAUGCAAGAGGCAGGGCCGACAGUGGUUCCUAUUCAGCCUUCGGUCGCUGAACACCUAAGGGGUCUGUGUCAGCAAUUCACACACUAUUUUUCCAACGAGACAAUCCAGGAUGAGUGGAUUCGCAAUCCAUUCAAGUUCAAGCCAGCAGAAAGUGACGCACUGUCUAUGCAAGACGAAGAGGCUUUGAUUGAUCUGACUAGUAAUCAUGAACUGGAGCAAAUGAUUACACACACUUCCAUUGGACAUUUCUGGCUCUCUGUUCAAAAUGAAUUUCCUGAACUCACAGAAAGAGCACUGAGGAAACUUUUACCAUUCGUUUCAACGUAUUUGUGCGAAUCAGGAUUUUCUGCUAUGACAUUCAUCAAGAACAAAUAUCGUUCACGUCUUCAAGUGGAGGAUGACCUUCGUCUGUUUCUGACGUCACUACAACCACGAAUUAGUCUUCUCUGCGCAGCGAGGAAACAAAUGCAUACCGCUCACUAA